AUGCACAGCAUCGAACUCAUCCCUGGCUCAGCCCGAAGCUUCGUUCCAAGGUACAGACGACCCCCACACCUUGUAGAGGCAAUUGAGCGGCAGGCCGAAGAACUUCUGAAAAAGGGCAAGGUUCAGCCGUCAACUAGCGCCUCUGGGCACAAUCCCCUGCUGGCGAAGAAAAAUGACGGCAGCUGGCGCAUGUGCGUCGACUUCAAGCCCCCCAACAAGAUUACAGUGAAGCAGAAGUUCCCGAUGCACAGGGUGGAAGAAAUCCUUGACCGCUUACAGGAUUCGGCGGUAUACUCAGCAUUUGAGUUCGCUGAGGCCUUUUUGCAGAUCCCUAUUCACCCGGAGGGCAGGCACAAAACGGCGUUCUACACCCGCCCUCGCAAGCUGGAGUACACUUGUAUGCCCUUUGGCCUCGUGAAUCCACCUACUGAACUGCAGCGGCAACUCAAUCACGACUUCCUGGGGCCAAUCGCCGAGGGAUUGAUGGUGAUAUACAUUGAUGAUGUGCUUGUGCUCAGCCGAAAUUUGCAGGGGCACCUGCAGCACCUCCGGCGGGCGCUGCGACUACUGCGUGAGAAGCAGUGGUUCGUAAAAACGCAGAAGUGCUUGUUUUUCAUGCAAACAAUCAGUUUCUUAGGAUUUCAUGUCUCUGCAGCAGGGGUUGAACCAGAUCCGGCUAAGAUCGAGGCGAUUCAGCGAUGGCCGCUACCGCUGUACACGCGGACGGACGUUCAGAAGUUCGUCGGGCUCGCCUCAUACCAUCACAAUUUCAUUCCUGGAUUCGCUAGCAUUGCUGCCCCUCUAACUGGUCUUCUUAAGAAGGAGGAGCAGUUUAUUUGGACGGAGAACGAUGACGAAGCCGCCUGA